AUGUCAGCACCGACCACUAAACCACCGACAGUGGUUCGAAGCCACUCAACCUCCUCUCGUCCCUCACGAGGUCCAUCCGAUCUUCCCCAUCGUACUCGGAGUGUGGCAAUCCGGCCAUCCAACCCAUCCCAGCCUCCAACGCCAACUCAUUUGUCACAUUCAAAGACCCCCUCACAAGAUCGACGUCCACCGUCAAACCACAGCGCACUUGACAGUAUAGCCCGGCGUGACGCGGAGGCUUCCAAUAUCGCGCGGAUGCCUUCUCGUCGCGAGGCAUCAGCCGACAGAUCUCAGGAACGCCCCUCCACCGCUCGUACCGAAACAACUCGCAGGCAUCAAAGAAACCCUUCAGCGCAGAGCCGUCAGCGGGACAGUGUUGACGUUGCGCCCACUUUGACUGCACACGAGUCGUCGCAGCAUGCGACCGGAACAAAUACCCCCACAGCCACGGCCGCGCCCAGGCGGCGGACCACAAUCACGACGCCAACAGGCCAUUGGGCUUUGGGCAAGACGAUUGGCGCUGGAAGCAUGGGCAAAGUGAAGCUGGCGAAAAACUUAAGCUCGGGGGAACAGGUUGCCGUCAAGAUCAUCCCACGAUACUCGAGCGAGGAGCAUCGCACCACUCGGGAAACAGAAAGAGCUGAUCGCUCAAAGGAGAUCAGGACGGCUCGUGAAGCCGCUAUCGUCAGCCUGGUGAGCCAUCCGUACAUCUGUGGGAUGCGCGAUGUUGUCCGAACAACAUACCAUUGGUACAUGCUUUUUGAAUAUGUCAAUGGCGGUCAGAUGCUGGACUACAUUAUCUCGCACGGGAAGCUAAAGGAAAAGCAAGCACGGAAGUUUGCACGGCAAAUUGCCAGCGCGUUGGAUUACUGCCACCGCAACAGCAUUGUGCAUCGCGAUCUGAAGAUCGAAAACAUCCUUAUCAGCAAAACUGGUGACAUCAAAAUCAUUGAUUUUGGUCUCAGCAAUUUGUUCUCUCCGAGAAGUCUGUUGAAGACGUUUUGCGGUAGUCUGUACUUUGCCGCCCCCGAGUUGCUUCAGGCCAGACAAUACACGGGACCAGAAGUUGAUGUUUGGAGUUUUGGCAUUGUGCUUUAUGUCUUGGUCUGUGGGAAGGUUCCUUUCGAUGAUCAGAGCAUGCCUCAGCUGCAUGCUAAAAUCAAGAAAGGUGUGGUGGAGUAUCCGCCAGGUCUCACUGCUGAGUGCCGCCACAUCAUUUCCCGCAUGUUGGUUACCGACCCUAAGCAGCGUGCAAGUCUAGCUGAGAUUAUGAACCAUCCCUGGAUGAACAAAGGAUUCGGUGCCCCUCCAGAGAACUAUCUCCCUCACCGUGAACCUUUGCAGCUACCUCUGGAUCAAGAGGUGAUUGAAAAGAUGACUGGCUUUGACUUUGGCCCGCCAGACUACAUUACCGCCCAACUAACCAAAGUGUUGGAGUCUGAUGAUUACCAGCAUGCUGUGCGGCUGAACCUCCGCGAACAACAACAACCUGUAGCCAACCAUGCAGAGCGCAAGCGAGGAGUGUUUGAUUUCUACAAGAGGCGAAACUCCGCGGCCAGCCGUGAUACACUCUCUGCGCCUUCAGCCGAGGCGGUACAACUAGGCAACGAUCCCUUGAAUGCUUACAGCCCGCUAAUAUCCACUUAUCAUCUGGUGAAGGAAAAGCUUGACCGCGAGAGAUCCGAAGCGUGCCCUGGAGCUCUUGGACUUCACCAGACUGCUAGCGAGGUCCAGGUACCUGAUCUACGACCUCCGGAAGCUGCUCACACCAACCAGUAUCAGCUAGCAGGCGACAAGGACACAGGACGACGAUCUCGGCCACGAGCCCGCACUCAUGGCGAGGACGAAGCUCCAGAAGGCUUCAAAACAGAUCAUACUUCCUCGCCAGCCACGCACGCAGUCCCGACCCCGCAACCAGACACACCUGCUAAGAAAGAAAGCACUGCCGCUGGGCUACUGAGGCGCUUCAGCACUCGUAGGACGAAAGAUCGUAGCCGUGAUGUGGAUCGCGAACGCAUCAGCACGCCAAACACACCCGUGCUUAACGUUCAAGCCCCUGCCGAUUCAGCCUCUCCAAUGCACCGUGGCUUCAGCGUAAGGAGAACCCGGCGGGCAGAGCCGUCUCCAGGUGGUGUCUCUUCGAAUGACGGUCGACCACAACAGGAUCUUCUUACGGCGCCAGGCGCGACCGAACACAGUGCGCGGACGAACAAAUUCUUGGAAAGAUCCGCCAGCGUCAAUUCUGCGGAGUACCGAUCGCGGAGAUCCGCGCGGAGGCCUGAUGCCGACUCAUUGGAGGUUUCCGCCGAUCGUCAACCACCCUCUACCAGUGACUCUGAUCAGGUUGGCUCUCAUAUCCAAAAAGACUCUACCAGCGCAAGGCCUAGUGGACGCACACACACGGCGCGCACUAUGUCGCUGGGACAUGCCCGGCGCGAGAGUAUCCAAGCCCGCCGGGCCCGAAGGGAUGCUACCCGAGAGGCCAAUGUGCCCGAAGAAACCGAUGCAGAUAUCUCUGGUGCAGGGACAGCAUUGGAAAGUGCCAAUGAGGGAGAAGACCUGUCCAAGCCAGUGUAUCUCAAGGGUCUUUUCAGUGUUUCUACAACCAGCAGCAAGGCGUUGCCCGUUAUUCGAGCCGACAUCAUCCGGGUCUUGAGACAGCUGGCCGUUGAAUAUGUCGAGAUCAAGGGCGGGUUCAGCUGUCGCCAUGCUCCCAGCAUUGAUCUUGACAAGGUGGUCGAUGUUGCUCCUCCCAGCCCAGAGAGGCAGGGGCAAGUCUCCACGCACCGACGUCGCAUCAGCUUUGGUGGUCUACUGAGCCACGAUGACGGCCGCGAUGACAGUCGCACAGGGCCAUCCAAACUCCGCCGGGCCCACGCGGCGCCAGACCGCAGCUUCACGACGAACUCGGAUGGCUCGGAGGAAUACGUUGCUCGGGAUAAUGGUGCGAUCGGUGAACGAGUUGUUGGCGAGACCACUACCCGUGUGCAGAGUGACACCGGCGAGAACCUGGUUCUCCGGUUCGAGAUUUUGAUCGUCAAGGUGCCUUUGUUCUCGUUGCAUGGUAUUCAGUUCAAGAAGGUGUCAGGUGGAAUGUGGCAGUAUCGAGAGAUGGCGAAGAAAAUUCUCGAUGCUUUGAGGCUGUGA